AUGGGUUGGAUGAAGCAGGCGGCCGUUUUGGCCGCGCUGUCCCUGGCCGGUGUCGGUCACGCCGCGAUCACCCCCGCCAACGGCAAUUGUUUCCCUCCAGGAACGCAAACCGCCACGACCUCGGUCAUCUCGCAGAUGACACAGGAAAAGUGUAACACCUUCUGCCAGGGUUACACCGUGUUCGGUAUCUACGAGUCGGCCGCCAACGUGUUCACCUGUGGCUGUGGUGGCACCCCUUCGGUCGCAACUACCUCGGAUAGCAACUGUAACACGCUCUGCCCUGGUGAUAGCACUUCAACUGAGAACUGCGGUGGUACGGCUGGUGAAAUCCACUUCAACCGCCUCGUCCAACUCAACUACUACAUCCUCAUCCAGCAGCUCCAGCAGCUCCAGCAGCUCCAGCGGCUCCAGCAGUUUGCUCUCGAGAUCCAGCCCGGCGAAGCUGUUGUCGUUGACAUUCCCAACACGAGCGGUAACGCGGAGAGGUUUGUUGUCCAGUCACAGGGAUGCAGAGGUGUUCCCGCUGGAGAGUCGCCCUUCGAGAACACUGUCAACCCUCCCGAUGCUUCUACCGCCCCUGCCUGCGCGGUUGCUUGCGCUUCCCAGUCCCUGCCCUACACUACUGUCAUUAGAGGCCAAUGCUUCUGCGGUUCUGUUCUCAGAACUUUGCCUCUCAUUCCUGCUGAUCAAUGCGCUGCCGCUGCGAGCAGCCGUCGUCGCAGCGCCCUCAGACGCCAGGCUGGUACUGUUGAUCCCGCCAUGAUCCUCAGUGUGACACCUGCCAGCCAGGUUGCUCUUGCUGCUGCCUCGACUACUUUGAGCUCAUCCAGCGUUCCCUCUGCCGUGGUCAACACUGACACGAACAUCCAGUUCGUCCCUACCAACACUGGAACGUCCGUCGCCAGCGCCAGCUCCACCGCCUCUUCCGGAACUUCCACUGGUACGGUCUCCGGCACGACCUCUGGAACGGUCUCUGCCUCCAACUCUGCCUCCAACUCUGCCUCCAACUCUGCCUCCAACUCUGCUUCCAACUCUGUCACCAGCGCCGCCGCGGCUUCUGCGACCGACUUCAUCCUCGCCAUUGUCGGCGGAAGAGCACCUACCAGCUCCUCAAGCUCUUCCAGCACUGCCACAUCGUCCUCAAGCUCUUCUACUCGCAGCAGCAGCAGCAGCGGCAGCAGCAGUUCCACUGGCUCAAGCUCCUCUGGUACUUCUUCUAGCAGCAGCUCUUCUGGCAGCUCCUCGGGCAGCACCUCUUCUGGAUCUACCUCUACUGGCUCCAGCUCCAGCUCUUCUGGAUCAACCACCUCUGCUAGUACUACGGAUACUUCUACCAGCUUGUCCAUUACCAGCUCUGCUUCCACCAGCAGCUCUACUAGCGCACCGUUCUCGAACUCCACCACUGCCCUUACCAUGAAGAAGCGUGGCCCUAUCAUGGCGCACCUCAUGAACCGCCAGAGCGGCGGAACCACCUACGUCGGUACCACUGGUCAGACCAACCCUACCAACUGCAACCAGGCUGCUGUAUUCAGAAUCGGCGCUUCUGGCACCCUUACUGUUGAUGGCGUCGCCCUCAGUGUCAACCCUAACACGCCUUUCAUUGCUCUGCGCUCCGGCAGCACCGGAUCGAUCACCGCGACUUUCACCCUUAACAACGGUGUCUUCGUAUGGUCCAACUCAGCCUUCUCUGGGGGACAGGCCGGCUUCUGCCAGGACAACAGCGGUCAAGUUUACGCUACCUUCGGAACCACCGUCCCGCCCAACUGUACUCCGGUCACCCUGAGCGCUACUCCUCGUUCUUCCUGCACGGCCAGCGGCAGCACUACCAGCCUCCCCGCAUCCACCGCCGCUACCAACUCUGCCACAACCACUCCCGCCGGUGUUUCUACCACCUCUACCGCCAACCCUGGAUCGACCGCUUCCUCCAGCCUUACCACCACCCGCUCUGGAAGUGGCACGACUACCCCCGCUGGUUCCACUACCGCUCCUACCGGUGGCUCUACCUUCGUCAGCGGUGGCUCGACCUUCGUCACUGGCGGUUCAACUGUUGUCUCUGGUGGCUCUACCAUCGUCUCGGGCAGCUCCACGUUCGUUUCCGGCGGCUCUACCUUCGUUACCGGAGGUUCUACCGUUGUCACUGGUGGAUCUACCAUCGUCAGCCCUACCACUGGUCCUGCCGGCGGCUCGACGACUGACAGCACCGCUGCUGCAGCCACCUCCAGCAUUGCUCCCAACCCUGUCGCUGUUGAUGGCUUCUCUCUCUUGGGAUGCUUCGCCUCGUCCAGCAACUUCCCCUCCUUUGUUCUGGCCUUGUCUGACCCGUUGUUGACCCUCGAGAAGUGUACCGCUGCUUGCCCCGCCAGCUCCAGACUUGCUGGUUUGUUUGGUACCGACUGCUACUGUGGUGACAUCAUCGACAACACUCUCACCAUCCUCGUUCCCGAGGCCCAGUGCAACACUAUCUGCCCCGGUAACCCUCUCCAACGCUGCGGUGGUCGCGCCUCUUCCGUCCGUCUGGCCCGUCGCCAGAUCCCGACUGAUGUCCGUCUUACCGUCUACGUCCGUCUUGACGUCUCCCCACCGGUUGUCUCCACUGUCACCAGCAUCAGCGUCAGCACCGGCGCCGGCACCACCGCGUCCGUCACCGUCGUCAACACCAUCACCGAGCCUGGUACCACCAUCACUGGUGCGCCGGUUCCCACCAGCACUGGCCCCAACAUUGCAGGCACCCUUACUCUGCCCCCCGGUCUGUACACGGCUGGCGCUCCUCUGCCUGGUGGCGAGGUUUGCUACGUCGUCACCCGAUCCUGGUUCAUCGGACAGACGUCGCUGCUCCCUGCCUUGCCCACGGCUACCGUCUGA